AUGGAAGUAGCAUAUAGCACGAAAGGGCUGGCUUUGUAUCAGAAGAAGUAUACCACAGAUUUAAUUGAAGAAUUUGGCUUAUUUGAUGCCAAACCUGUGUUGACACCAAUGGACUACACAGUUCAUCUAUCCAAGACAUCUGGGGAACCCAUGGCAGAUCCAACAACAUAUAUACGAUUGAUUGGUAAGCUCCAAUACCUCACCAAUACCAGACCCCACAUUGCUUUUGUAGUAGGUAAGCUAAGUCAGUACUUAGAAUCUCCAACUAAUUAUCACCAUAAAGCUGCCAUGAAGAUUGUACGCUACUUAAAGAGAGCCCCUGGCACAGGACUGUUCUUCCAUUUGAAUAGUGACUUCACACUUACUGGAUUUGUUGAUGUCAAUUGGACAACCUGUCCGGACACCAGACGGUAUGUGUCUGAGUACUGUUUCUUUCUCAGAACUGCCCUGAUUUCCUGGAAAAGUAGCAAGCAGCAAACAAUCUCCCGCUCUUCAUCCGAUGCUGAGUACCAGGCAUUAGCAAAUGUGACUUGUGAAGGGUUAUGGCUUGUCCGCUUGUUAAGGGUUUUUGGUGUGAAUCAUGAGAAGUCGUUCACGCUGUAUAGCGAUAGCUAA